AUGUCAUUAAAUAACGAUUUCAAAAAUGAAAUAGACCAAUUGAAAGAAUCGCCUAUACCUUCUACAUUUCCUACUCUACCAUUCGAUUAUCCUAUAACAGCUAUCACAGAACACGACGAAAAAAGUAAUGAUGAUAAUCAAUUAGACAUCGUUGGAUCUGAUGUUAAUCAUCAUUUGACAUUAAAUACAAAGCAAUCAACACCGCGUCGAUCUUCAACAUGGCCUCUUACUCCGCCAGACCUUUCAAGUAAUAAUGCAUCUUCGGCAAGACCUAGUACCGACGAUAUAACGCCGGCUUCUCAACAUGUUAGAAGUCUAUCUUUGAGCCAACGAAUAAAUCAUUCAUUAAAUCAGAAACGAGAGAGCCUUAAAUAUGCAGCAAAAAGAAUAACGUCGAUCGUAAUUGGUUCUAAGGACGAUAUCAUCAUUCGCAAAAUUCCAAUCAUUCCAGAGAGAACAGAUCCAUUAUUAGACCCUAAAACUAAUUCCCCAUUUAUUAGCAAUUCUAUAACUACUUCACGUUACACUUUCUUCAAUUUUCUUCCGAAACAACUUUAUGCUCAGUUCUCAAAGAUUGCUAACAUAUAUUUUCUUUUUGUUGCUAUAAUUCAGAUGCCUGGAUGGAGUCCUACUGGUCAGUUCACCACUUUGAUCCCUUUAAGUGUAUUCAUAUCAAUAGCGAUGGCUCAUGAAGGCUUUGAUGAUUAUCGGAGGCACAAACAGGACACUAUAGAAAACAACAAGGAAUGUUCAGUAUUAAACGUUUAUCGAUCAAAUGAUGUGACAUCCCAGAGAUUAGGUGUUUGGAGAAAAACAAAUUGGAAAAAUUUACGAGUUGGUGAUCUUGUGAGUGUUAAAGCUCAAGAAUGGGUUCCCGCUGAUUUAUUACUAUUACAUUCGAAAGGUGAAAAGGGGAUUUGCUUUGUUGAGACUUCUGCUUUAGAUGGUGAAACUAAUCUUAAGCAAAAGCAAGCCCUCAAAGAUACAAACAAUAUAUUAGCUUCUCCAGAAACUCUUGCUAGUUUUAAAGCUAUGGUUUCUGCUGAGAAUCCAAAUCAAGACUUGUAUAAUUUUGAUGGAUCGAUAGAGUUACCUGAUGGAAAAAUAUGUGCACUUUCAAAUGAUCAAAUUUUAUUACGUGGUACCAUCUUACGUAAUACUCCUGAGAUAUACGGACUAGUGAUAUUUACUGGCGAAGAAACAAAACUUCGAAUGAAUGCUUCAAAAAAUAUUCGAACAAAAGCUCCUAUGAUACAACAAUUGGUUAAUAAAGUGGUUAUAAUUAUAUUUUUAUUUGUAAUAUUUUUGUCUAUCUUUUGUACAGCAAUGUCGGAAAUUUGGGCAAAACGUUUUUGGAAGAAUGCUUGGUACGUUUUUGGAGUUGAAAGACAGUUGCAUAUAUCUCUGUUUGCAUUUAUUAUCUUGUUCAACACCAUGAUUCCGAUCUCUCUCUAUGUUACCAUGGAAAUUGUCAAACUAGUUCAAGUUUAUUUUAUUAACAAAGAUAUUAAUAUGUAUCACGCGGAAAAUGACACUCCUGCUGAAGCACGAACAUCAACAAUCAAUGAAGAAUUGGGUCAAGUUAGUUAUAUAUUUUCUGAUAAGACUGGAACACUUACGGAUAAUAUAAUGUUAUUUAGAAAGAUUAGUGUUGGUGGACUAGCGUUUUUACAUGAUAUGGAUUUGUUCGAUAUAGGAAAGGAUGAAUUAUCGCAACUGUUAGAUCAAUGUCAAAAUUCUGUUACAAAAAGACAAAGUAAAUAUUCUUACACAUCAGUUGGGCAACAUAUUCGUAACCGGACGCUUGAUAGUCUCGAAAAUUAUGAAACUAUUGAAUCUCCAAGACGUAGAGAUUCAAAUACUAGCGGGCGUUUUUCGAUGAUUGCACCGACUACAACUUGUCCAUAUAGACAUGAUUCAGUAUCCAAAACCACGAUAGGGUCUAUAAAAAAAGACAAGGAUCCUACCAUUCGUUCCACAUUUGAUUUAUUGUCCAUCAUUCAACAUAAAUCUCAUACGCCAUUCGGAGAAAAGGCGAGAUUCUUUUUAUUGGCUAUUGCAUUAUGCCAUACUUGUGUACCUGAAAUUGAUCAAAUAACAAAUGAUGUAUUUUAUCAAGCUGCAUCACCUGAUGAAUUUGCACUUGUGAAUGCUGCUAAAGAGUUAGGAUAUAUUGUUAUGGAUAGAUCGAUGUCUUCAGUCUCUCUAUUGAUCAAUAACGAUGGUACUGCUGGCUUAAAGGAUCCUAAUAAUGCAACAAAAACAUAUGAAACCUAUCAAAUUCUAAAUGUCAUUGAAUUUUCAAGCAAAAGAAAAAGAAUGAGUGUUAUUUAUCGUUUGCCUAAUGGAAAAAUAUGUCUACUUUGUAAAGGGGCAGAUUCGAUAAUACUUGAGAGAUUAAGAAUAAAUAGUACAAAUAUUUCUUCGAGAUCGUUUAAUAACGAAGAUAAAAGAUAUAGUAUGACAAUAGAUCUUGAACACUCAAUAGUUGAUCCCUUUCAGAUGCACGAUGAAAGAUGUCUUUAUAACGAAACCAUGCUUCAUAUUCAGCAAUUUGCGACCGAAGGAUUAAGAACAUUACUUUAUGGACAUCGAUAUUUAGAAGAAGAUGAAUAUAAUGAAUGGAAUAAAUUUUAUCAAGAGGCUUCAACCACUAUUGUGGAUCGACAAAAAAAAAUGGAACAGAUUGCGGAAAUAAUUGAAGCAGAUUUAGAGAUCACUGGCGCCACAGCGAUUGAAGACAAAUUGCAAGAUGGAGUUCCAGAAACCAUCGAUAAAUUGUGUAGAGCAGGAAUUAGAGUAUGGAUGUUGACUGGUGACAAGAAAGAAACUGCGAUCAAUAUCGGAUAUUCUUGUUCUUUAAUUAAAAAUUACUCUACUACCAUUAUUCUAGACCAAAAUUUUGACCUUGACCUGACCCUAAGUCAGGCAUUAGAAAAUAUUAAUGCCAAUAUAGGAAAACAUGCUGUAGCAGUUGUUGAUGGUGCCACGCUGAUGGUAAUAGAACAAGAAGCUGCACUAAUGGAAAAAUUUGUCGAAUUGGGAAUUCUAUGUGGUUCAGUUAUUUGUUGCCGUGUAAGUCCAUCACAAAAAGCCUUGGUAGUUCGGAAAAUUCGAGAGAAAUUAACUUGUGCAGUAACUUUAGCAAUUGGAGACGGGGCAAAUGACAUUGCAAUGAUUCAAGAAGCGCAUGUUGGAAUUGGAAUUGCGGGCAGAGAAGGACUACAGGCUGCAAGAACAAGUGAUUAUUCGAUAGCGCAAUUUAAAUUUUUAAGCAAUUUGUUGUUCGUACAUGGUAGAUGGUCUUACAUACGAGUGUCAAAAUUCAUUUUAGGAACAUUUUAUAAAUGCAUGUGUUUUUACCUUACACAAGGAAUAUUUCAACUUUUUGCUGGAUUCUCUGGAACUAGUUUAUAUGAGCAAUGGACUCUUUCAUUUUAUAAUACACUAUUUGCAUCAUUGCCUGUCAUGGUUAUCGGAAUAUUUGAAAAAGAUUUAAACUACAAAACAUUAUUAGAAGUUCCAGAAUUGUAUACCCAAGGACAAUAUAACGCCGCUUUUAAUAUAAAAGUUUUCUUUGCUUGGAUGAGUGAUGCAAUUGUUCAUGCUCUUGUGAUAGUUAUGGUACCGUUUAUUAUGCACGAAACCCUUUGUAAAUAUGAACUUAGAAAUUUCGGAUCACCUCAGUUAUACGAGCUUGGAUUAGUAGUAUAUACAUGUGUAGUGUUUGUGGUUACAUUCAAGAUAGCAUAUUUAGAAUGUCAUAAUUGGACAGUCAUAACACACGUUACAUCAUUUUUGACAUUAUUUGGUUGGUUUUUAUAUCAAACCAUCUAUUCUUUUGUUUACCCGGUAGAUACGAAAAGUGCAACUUAUGACGUACGUGGAGUAUUUCAACAUGAUGCAACUAAGAGUGAAUUUUGGGUAACUGUGAUAUUAACAACUUCGUUAGCUAUUAUACCAAAUAUUCUAAAAAAAAUAGGAACGAAUGUUUUCCAUUUUAAUGAUGUUGAUGAAUAUCAAGCUAUUGAGAAGGAAGAUAAAUAUUUACAGGAAAUUAAUACUGAUGAGACACGGUAG